UCUGUCUCUCUCUGUCUCUCUCUGACAAUAUUUCUCUGUGUAGCCCUGGCUGUCCUGGAACUUACUGUGUUGACUAGGUUGGCCUCCAGUUCAGAAAUCCACCAGCCUCUGCCUCGCAAGUGCUGGGAUUGAAGGCCUGCACCACCACUACUACCACCUGACUAAAAUUCACCAAGUUUUGACCAACAACAGUUGGCAGUAGAUUGGAAUUUCUGUUUCCCUCCUCCUCCUUCCUUUUUGAAGAAAUACAUUUUUUUAACUGAAAAAUAUUUUAAUGUGAUGUCUUUUGGUCCUGUUGUUUUCUUCUUCCGAUUUCUCUCAUAUUCUUACCAACUCUCUACCUAUCCAAGUUUAUGUUCUUUUUCUCUUUCUGUAAAAACAGAAGGACAAACAAGAAACAAAGCCCUCCUCUACCAUCCCCCAGUCAUGCCACAAAACCACACAAAUGAAAAUCAAAAUAAACAAAGAAAAGACCAAAAAGCCCUGGGCACUGGCCAGCCCUGAAAUGUUGAUAUACUCAGUGAGAGUCCACUGGAGAAAACCUUUGUAAGCACACCCGCUUCCCUCUCUUAGUGCUAGGGCCCUUCUGGCUUGAAUCUAUGCAAGGCUUGUAGGUGCUGUCCCAGCCUCCGUGAGGUCACACGUGCCUCAGUCCUAUUGAGUCUGAAAGAUACUGUUCCCUCCAAGUCAUCUGUCACUUCUGGUACUUGCAAUCUUUUCAUCUCCCCUUCCAGAUAGGUCCACCAAGCCUUGAUAGGAGGGAAGGGUAUGUUGAGGACAUCCCAGUUAGGUUGGUGUGCACCAAAAUCUCUCGUUCUCUGCACAUCAUCCAGCUGUGGGUCUCUGUUAGUUCCCAACUACAGCAAGAAGUCUCUCUGCUGUGGGCUGAGCCAGGCACUCAACUAUGGGUUGAUACCAACAUGUCAUUAGGAACCAUUCUAUUCCUAUGAUCUUUUAGCAGAAUAAAAGAGGUAGAUUUUUCCCCCUAAGCCCAUGACUUAUCUAGUCUCAGGUUCUUGGCCAUCCAAGCAGUGUCAGGUAUGGUACCAUCUCAUGGAGUGGGCUUUAAAUCCCAUCAGAAAGGUGGUUACUCCCAUCUCUGCCACCAGUAUUGUACCAGCAUAUCUCUCCAGCAGUUACUGUGCUCGCUCACAGGCUGUGAGGCCGAGUGGUGUUGACAGUGGCUCUCACCUCUGCUCGUGUGCAAAGCUCAUCCAGUGCCACGAAUAUGAAGUCAGUGCGGGUGAAGCUUCUGGUUGGGCACCAGCUCGACUUCUCUAUGUUCGAUAGCAGUAAUUUCUUUACCUGCCAGAACGACUUGAUUCAUUUCCUGGUUUGCAGGAAGCAAUGGCUACAGAGGGUGCUUCCUCAGAAAUUAUAGAAAAGCACCGAACAAAGUUGCUCAGUGUCCUCCAACAAGAUCCUGACUCUAUCUUGGACACGUUAACCUCUCGGAGCCUGAUUUCUGAGGAGGAGUAUGAGACGCUAGAGGAAAUUACAGAUCCCCUGAAGAAAAGUCGGAAGCUGUUAAUUUUGAUCCAGAAGAAAGGCGAGGACAGCUGUUGUUGUUUCCUCAGGUGUUUGUUUAAUGCCUUUCCGGACUCAGCUUCCAUCCUGGGCCUAAAGCACGAAGUCCUGCGGCGGGGAACCGAGGAGACUGUGGGGGUGAUCAGGGAUUCGAAAGAUCCCUUUUCUCUUGGAACAAAAACCCCAGAGAUAGCAGAGCUCUCAGAUCUCGGAGCUCCGGAGCUCUUCACCGACUUGGAAGAUAGCCACAGGGUCCCUGCAGUAUCCUCCUGGGAGGACGAGGAAGGGUGUGGUACAUCGGGAGUCCCGGCUCCACAGUCAGUACAAACUGUUGAGUACGAGAUUCCAGCGAGUAUCACCUUCUUAAGUGAAGGGCAGAGAUACGAGGAGCCAGAUGAUUCGCUGUACUUGGAAGAGGGGGAACAUUACGAGUACCUAGGCUACCCCGAAGAUGUCAAGACUGUUUUGGAGGGAGGAGGUGGCAGUGACCCACAGUGCUUUGUAUAUGAUAAUGAAGAGGAGUGUGAGAAUGAGGAAACCAUGGGCUUCUCCAGUGAAGACAGUUGCGGCUACGAUGACGAUGAUGCUUCAGAGACCUCCAUCUCACUGGAAGAGGAGAAAAGCGCUGAAGAAAGAAAAAGAGUAUUUCGACAUGUCCUAUCCUGCUUGAACAUGGAUAGAAGCAGAAAGCUUCUUCCAGAUUUUGUAAAGCAGUUUUCCAUAGACCGAGGAUGUGAGUGGACGCCCAAGACCCCAGGAGACUUGGCUUGGAAUUUCCUGAUGAAGGUUCAGGCUUUAGACUUGACAGCCAGAGAUUUUAUCCUUAGGCACAAGAUGGCGGAUGAAGAGAACAAGGAAGAAUUGCUGGCUGGAAUAGAGAAGUUAGGCAUCGGAGACACACAAACCAUCAACCCCCUGGAUGUCCUCUGUGCCUGCAUGCUUUGUGCAGACAGCUCUUUGCAGCGUGAUGUCAUGUCAAAUAUGUACCAGUGCCAGUUUGCUCUUCCCCUGCUACUGCCAGAUGCAGAGAACAACAAAAGCGUCUUAAUGAUGGCGGCCAUGGGGGACUUAAAGCAGAACGCAGCGCAGUCCUCAGCAGGGCCCUCCAGGGAAACAGAUUCAUUUUUGAGUCUCAUGAAGAUGCCUGUCAUCUCUUUUGUGCGACUAGGACACUGCAGCUUCUCCAAGUCCAGAAUUCUUAACACACUGCUCAGCUCCUCUCAACAGAAACCACACAAAGUUUUCCUCCACAGGGAUCCGUCUGUUCCUGUGCUUCCUCGGCAAAUUUCUGAUGGCCUGGUGGAAGUGACAUGGUGUUUUCCUGACAACAAGGAGCUAAAAGAGAGCCCACGUGGUUUCCAGAAACCGGUGGCUGUGGCCAACCUUCGUGGAGCUCUAGAAAGCUUUUGGAUGCAAUUUGGUUUUCUGGUGGAAGUUUCCUCCGCUCUGUUCUUUUUCACAGAUUGCCUUGGUGAGAAGGAAUGGGACUUGCUAAUGUUCUUAGGAGAAGACACCAUUGAAAGAUGCUACUUCGUCCUCAGUCCCCAGGCCAAGGAGACUGAAGAGGCUCAGGUUGUCCAAAGGGUUCUAAAACUGAAGCCAUCACAGCUACUGUUUUGGGAAGCAGAGGAAGCUGGGGAUGGAAGGAAGACUGUGGAGGCCCUUCAAGCUGCCCUCCAGGAAGUAAUGUCCUUUCCACUCAGAUGUGUGUCCCUUGAAGAGAUGGCCUCUCUGGCCAGGGAGCUGGGGAUUCAGGUAGACCAAGACUUUGAAGUUACUCAAGAUGCUCCAGUUUCCCCCAGAACAAUGGACGGAGUGGACCAACAACCACGUAGUCAGACACAAUGCCCACCUGAGAGCCAAACUCAGGAGCCAAUCAAAGAGCCUGGAGCUCACUGUGAGGACAGUCAGAAUGCUGUGCUCUUCCAUCAGACUCCAGUAUUCAUGCCUGAUCUAGCACACCCAUGUCCCUUGCCUGUUACAGGUGGAAGUAACUUUUACCAUGUUUCCUUGAGAGCCCCCUCGCUGAUAAGCGCCCACUUUAGAUUACAGCAGAGUGCUCAGAGCACAGCAGACUGGUUCUUUCCAUUCCCCCAGGAGAACGCAGGUGUUCACAGCAGAGGUCAAAACUUUGGUAUUAAAUCCUUCCAACCCUGGAGAUUAUCUUCAAGGAGAAGAGUCACAAAAUGUUCAGCAACUUCUCAACAGUGUCACUUGAAUGGACCGUUUGGGAAAUCACAGAGACAGACUUCUCAUGUAUGGACCCAUCCCGAGAGCAGGCAGACAUCGAGAACUCUUCAGAGGUCUGGGACAGUGGUCUCUCAUGUAGGUCACGGACGUUCUCCUGCCUCACAAGCAACAAAAACUGCAGGGAAGCCACAGCCUGAGAAAUCCUGUGCCCAGGCAAUGCAGCUGACUAAAGCAGCUGGAAAAGCUAUAAGGACACUGUCCCAUGUUAAAUAUCCUCACCCUCAGCCCUGUCAGCCAGCAGGAGUCAUUCAAGAACGGGUAAUACCCAUUUCUCAUCAAGGAGCCCAACAAACAAUGCAGGGAAGGCCUUCAGUUCUAGCUUUCAAACCAGGGUCUCAAUCCAUAUCUGGGAGUAAACUUUCGUCUACCUCCCAGUCCAGCUCCCAUCAACCCAAGUUCCAGAGCAAACACUUCCAGCCUAAGCCAUUUCAACCUGUGCCUUCUCAGAAAAAAUUGUCUCGCUCCCAGCCCUCUGAAGCUAAACCCCUUCAUCAGAAUCCCUCUCAUGCUAACCCCACUCAUGUGCAUCCUUCCCAUGCUAAACCCACCCACUCCCAGCCUUCCCAUGCUAAACCCACCCACUCCCAGCCUUCUCAUGCUAAACCCACUCACUCCCAGCCUUCCCAUGCUAAACCCACCCAAUCUCAGGCCUCUCAAGCUAACCUCCAUCAUCUCCAUUCCUCCCAUGCUAAACCCUCUCAUCAGAAUCCCUCUCAUGCUAACCCCACUCAUGUGCAUCCUUCCCAGGCGAAACCUACCCACUCCCAGGCCUCCCAAGCUAAGCCCUCCCCAUCCCAAUCUACUCAGUUCAAGGCACAUACACCCCAUCAGUCUCAAUCUAAGCCUUUUCAAUCGAGACCCACUCAAGCUAAAUCAUCCCAGACCAGGCCUUCACAGGCCAAGGCCUUCCACCCAAGAGCAGGGAGACGUUAAAGAACAUACUCUAGAGAUCUAGGAAGUAUGGUCUUUGCUUAACUUAUUCUCAUAUAACAAUCUGAAGAAAAGUUUCAGUGAAAGACUAAUAAAAGUAGCAAAAUGAAAAAAUUAUGCAAAGUUGUAAGUGCAAAGUAUCUGAGUGUGGAAACUAUGAAAGUCGUUAAAAGCAGGAUCUGCUGGGCAAGGUGGCACACACCUACAGGGUUUAGUAUGGGAGGGUUGUGUCAUGCCAACUCAAGAGAAGUAGACAGAGCUGGGCAUGGUGGCGCACACCUGUAAUCCCAGCACUUGGGAGGCAGAGGCAGGUGGAUUUCUGAGUUUGAGGCCAGCCUGGUCUACAGAGUGAGUUUCACGACAGCCAGGGCUACACAGAGAAACCCUGUCUUCGAAAAAUCAAAAAGAGGGAGGGAGAGGAAGAGGGGGAGGGAAGGAGGGAGGGAGGGAGAGACAGAGAGACAGACAGACAGGCAAAUCUCUGUUUGAGGCCAGUCUGGUCUACAGAACAAUGACAGCAAGUUCUAGGUCAGCCAGGGUACAUAAUGAGCCUCUAUCUGGGGACAAAAGACCUAACAUCAAACCAAAGAGAUCUGUCAGUACUCCAGCAGGCAUUAUUAAUUGCACUCAGUGGGGUUACCAAGACCAAACCACACCAACAACUAACCCUCCAAAAGAGCAGGAAAGUGUGUGGGUCAGGCUGAACAGGAGGGGGAUAUGAUCAUUGUAUACAUGUAUGAAACUGUCAAAUCAUAAAUGCAAGGUAAGGAAAGAAUAGCAUCUAAGGGUACAUGAACUUACUGAGCCCCAACCUCACGAUUGGAUGAUGUAGGGUUUGAACCCAGGAGUAUGUCUGAUAGCCAGAUGUGUGAAGAGUGGAGUUACUGGGUACUUGUAAAACAAUGAAAACGUGGAGCUCAGCUUAUCUCUGUUGAAGAAAAGCUGCUUCAGAGGUCCCUGGGUCAUGGGUUUAUUAGCAGCCACUGAGCAGGUUCUCUGCAGCAUUGGUCCAGUUAAAUCAACUUGCUAAUGUAAUAGCCCCCAAAUCCAUGCCCAAUAAGACUUUACCCUUACACACAGAAAUAAUGAAUAUUCAAUAAAACGUAUCCUUUUACAUUAA